CCACACCUCUUUUCCUCUCUUUCUAGAAACUCUCUCUCCCUCCCUCUCACAACUACACACCUAACACACCUAAACAUCCAUACUAUGCCUCCCCGACCACUCCCCGGCAAAAGACGCAGCGAGGGCGAAUCCUCGCGCGCCAGCAAGAAAGGCAAGGAGCCCGAAUACAACACCUUUGACGAGUGCAUGGAAGGCGGCGUCGACGCCGAAGAGCGCGGCGAGCGCUACCGCUCCGGCGAGAAAGCGCAGCGCGCAUACGAACAGGCCGCCGAGCUGUAUGCCCAGGCGCUGGCCAAAGACGAAAAGUCGUUUGACGCCGCAUACAAUCUCGGCCGCGUCAUGUACCGGCUAGCGAGCGAGUUCUACCUGCCGCCCUCGAGCCUCGACGUGUGGACUGGCGCCAUGAUGCUCUUCAAGCGCGCCUUUGGUGCAUCGGACGACCCAACGAACAAGAACGACGCGGCGUUCAACCUCGCCGAGACAUUCCACUCGCUCGCCGACGUCGUCGAGGAGUACCAGGGCGAGCGGGCGCGGCCGCAGGCCAUGGAGCUGCGCGAGAACGCCACACAGCUCAUCAUGCCGGUCGUUUCGACGAAUCUUAUGGUUGCCGAGUUCCGGGAGCAGAACCCCGAUGCAUUGGACGCUCCAGAGCAGGCGGCGGCGGCUGCUGCUGCUCCCAGCGCCGCGGCGGAGGGGAUGGACGUCGACGGCGAUCAGCCGGCCGCCGCCCGGGCCGACGACAUGGCGGUCGACUCUGAGGCGGGCACCGAGCCUAAGCCCGGCGAGGACAGCUUCAAGCCAGCCGGCGGCAUUCCAACGGGCGACUCGCUCGCCGACGCAGUCCUCCUCAUGGCCGACAUCGGGAUCACGCUGUGGAACUACUUCAGCCCACCGCAGAUGCCGCCCGACAGCCAGCAAGAGGCGAUUAGCGGCAUCCUCGAGACGGCGCGCAAGCACAUUCCUCCUACGCGACAGGCCGAGAUCGACCUCAUGGAGACCAAGAUGCUGCUGCAGCUCGACAGCAACAUGUGGGACAUGGUCAAGGGGCAGGUGACGCCCGGCAGCGGGCUGGACGCGACGCUCGACAAGGCGGUGGUUGCGAUCGAGCGCAUCCUGACGUCGCUCGACGCCUCGCCGUCCGACGACAGCUCUACGCGCGCCGACAUUCUCACCACUUUGGCCGAUACGGAGAUGAACGCUGCCGCGCGCCUCAUGAUGCUCAUGUCUCGCACGCAAGACCGCGCACCGCUCGGCACGCGCGCGUGGGCCCAUCUCUCCGCGGCCGCGCGCCACCUCACGCAAGCCGCCGGCCUGCCCGUGACGGCGGGGACGCCGCGCGAAUUCAAGCCAAACGUCUACCUCGGCUUGAUGCGGAGCACGCUGCUGCGUGCGCGCCUGGCGCCCGUGAAUGCGACGGCGGCGGCCAACGCCCAAAAGCUGCUGGACAACGCGGCGGCCUACGCCGCCAAAGCAGCCGACGCGGUCGGCUGGGCGCUGCCCAAGCUGCCCCGGACAAACGACCCGCAGCCGAACCCGUUCUUCAGCGCGCCGCUCGCCCCGCCCUUCCCCGCCGGCUGGGACAUGGAGAUGCUCGCGCGCGACGUGCAGCUCCUCAUGCUCCGCGUAGUGUAUUUCGUCGGCACGGGCAUGUUCGCCGGCGUCGACAGGGACUAUUAUGACGCAGCGGGCAAGGCGAUUAUCGAGGGCAUCCAGAGCGUCAAGAACGGCCCGCGCCGCCUCAUGCCCCGCGACCUCGAGCGCUUCCUCUCGGACAUCGAGGAGGAGGAGGGGCCGAUGGACGCCGCCGAGACCGCGUGGUGGGCCGACAUCCGCGGGCGUAUCGAGGCGGGCGUCCCGCCCGAAGAGCACCGCGAGGAGGCGCCGCAGGAGUUUGCGCCGGCGGUCGCCGAGGCGAUCAAGAGUUCCGCCGACGACGGCGAGGUGCAGACGGCCCCGGCGGCGAAGUGAGGGAGCGCGCGAUGGGGCUCACGUUAAAUAUAUUGUAACUCGUGUCAAUGUGAGAACCCGACUGGCACCGCCGCGAACGGUACAGAUGCAUCCUAUCACAGUCCCA